UAUUUAUCUACUGUGAAGAAGGCAACUGGACUGCUUAUAGAAGCAACAUUCAGCUCUGUGAAUAUUUCUCAACUUUUGGACCCUGAGGAGAAUCAUCAGCUACCCAAGAACCAUCAGAAUGAGUGACAAUGCCACUUUGGUUCCUCCGGCUUUAAACCAAGGUCCCAUCACCCCACGGAAAGGGCCCCCCAAGUUCAAGCAGAGGCAGACUCGCCAGUUCAAGAGCAAACCUCCUAAGAAAGGUGUGAAAGGGUUUGGAGAUGACAUUCCAGGCAUGGAAGGGCUAGGAACAGAUAUCACAGUGAUUUGUCCCUGGGAGGCAUUCAGCCACCUGGAAUUGCAUGAGCUGGCUCAGUUUGGGAUCAUCUGAGGCAGCAGAGGUCGGCCAGUCUCAACAGCAUCUGCUGCAACCUGGAUUUCUUUUGUCCUAUGGCGUCUUGAAAUUUAGUCUCAUUAGGAAGUGGUUUCUUUGUCUGACACCAUCAUUUUCUGUAAGGCACCACUGAGAGUUCUCUUAGUGUCAGACUCUCUCAUAGAGUAUAGCUUAGUUCAGAUUAGUGGAUGAAAAUCAACUUUUGUUAGAACAUUUCAAACUUGACCACCUUUCCUAGCAGCUGGUUAGAAGUCAUCAAUAUUUCUCUACAUUUUGUUUAUGUUAGGUCCUUCAAAUCUAUUUUUGCUAGGCAUUCUUUAUGAUUAAUAAGUAGCAGGCUUUAUAAACAACAUUUAUGCCAUUCCCUCCCCUUGUCUUUAAUAAAGAAGAAAUUUACCUUGACCCUUACG